AUGAAAAUACAUACCCUGUUCAAAUUCAUCCUAGUGAUAUGUUCCGCUCUGUUGCCCCAGAAUCGAUGCUACAGAAGUAGCCAAAAAUUCCAACUGGUAAGUACAUUCAACAAAUUUGUGAAGAAAAGAAAAUGGAAUUUCAGACCACACGUAUCUGCAAACCCACCAAAUGAACACCUACAGAAUUUGAAAUACGUGCGGGAGGUAACGAAUGCGAGCAUACAGACAUGUAACGACGCAUUGAAGGAAUGUAACGGUGAUGUAGAGAAGGCAAUUGAAUUGGUUCGAAGGAGUGCGAAAAAUACAUCGUUUGUGUCUACCAGUGUGAAGGUUAAAACGGAGGGGUUGGUUGGUUCUCAAAUGGGCAAGGACAGAGUUAUCAUGUUGGAAGUUUUAAGUGACUCGGAUUUUGUAGCUCGAAAUGAGAAGUUCGUUCGAUUUCUGCGUACUCUCUUGUCCGCUUCACUUGCAGAGGGCUCCCAGUCCUCGAUACAAGCAGCGGAUAAUGAAACAAAGAACGAGAGGAAUAAUGUUGUGCUUACCUGUGAGGGCGCUACCUCACCGGGAGCGACAGAACUCUUGAGUCUACCCUAUGAAGAUCAUACCGGAGAUUCAACCACCACGGUGGGCGAGCAGAUAAACUACUUGAGGAACAUAUUUCGAGAGGAUAUACGUAUCGGACGAUUUGCCAAAUAUGAGCGGAAAAAUGAGAACCAAUUUUUACAUUACUACAUUCACAAUCAGGUGGAAGAAAACAUCGGGACGUCUGGCGUCCUGCUAGUUCUAACAGUCGAUCAGCUUCCAGAAAAAUUAAAAAGUAAAGGAGAAUGCAUUUCCGAAAUUGCAAAUGAUAUAGCUCUACAUAUUUUAUCCGCCAAGCCCGUCAGUGUGUCCAUCUCUGAUUUGCCUGAACAGGUUGUGCAGCGUGAGAUGGCUAUCAUUCGGGAAUCCCUGCAGGUGUUGAAGAAACCUGAGAACAUACUGAACAACAUGAUUAACGGGAAAAUGCGCAAGUUCUACAACUCCGUGGUGCUCCUCGAGCAGGAGUACAUGUUGGACGAUACCAAGCGGAAGGUCUCCCAAGUCAUUCGCGAUUUCUGCAAGAAGCAUGACAUGAACAUUAGCGUUAGCCACUUUGAUACAUUCGUCAUUGGCGAGAAAAACAUUUUGAGAGAGUAA